GCGCGGAUGGCGCAGCCAGUGGUGGAGGGGCACCCGUACCGGCCGCGGGAGCUGCGGCUGCCCGGCUACCGCGGCAACGAGAGGCCGCUGUGGAGCCUGCUGGCCUUCGUGUUCGCCGGCUCCGGCCUGCUGCUGGCCGCCACCUGGCUGCUGACGGCCCGGGCCCGGGGCGGGCGGCUGGGGGCGGCCCGGCGACUCGCCGUCUGCUGGUUCGCCGUCUGCGGCUUCGUCCACGGCCUGAUCGAGGGCUGGUUCAGCCUGUACCACGGGCAGCUGGUGGGGGACCAGGCCUUCCUGUCCCAGCUCUGGAAGGAGUACGCCAAGGGAGAUAGCAGGUAUGUCAGCGGUGACAACUUCACUGUGUGCAUGGAGACCAUAACUGCCUGGACCUGGGGACCCCUGAGCAUCUGGACAGUUGCUGCCUUCCUCCAGAAUAAACCGUACCGUUUUGUUCUACAACUCAUCGUCUCACUGGGCCAGCUUUACGGAGACGUGCUCUACUUCUUCACGGAAUACCGGGAGGGCUUCCAGCACGGACACCCUGGGCACCCUCUCUACUUCUGGUUCUACUUCGUUUUCCUCAACUCCCUGUGGAUCCUCAUACCCAGCACGCUGAUCCUGGACGCCUGGGCCAACCUCAGUGCCGCGCAGAGGACUGCGGACCACGACUCCCCCAGCGUCCGCCCCAAAUCCAAGAGCACGUGACUGGUGGUGGAGCCUCUUGUCUCCCUCUCCCUACCCUUUGGUCUCCUCCUGUGUCCAAACCCGGGGGUACGGUCACUGUCCCCUCUCUUGGGAGCAGGCUUGUCUUAAGGAGGCCUGAUCCCUUCUGCACUGGGUCCAGCCAUAGGGGACAUUCUGAAUUUCUUUAGCCUCCUGAAGAAGUAGAGGCGCUGGUGAGCUUGUCUGUGGCAUCUACGUGGUUGGACCAAGACAGGCUGUUGGUGAUGUUCACUCCCAGGAACUUGAAGCUCUCAACCCUCACGACCUCAGCACCAUUGAUGUGGACAGGUGCAUGUACACCGCCCCCUUUCCUGAAGUCAAUGACCAGCUCUUUAGUUUUGACAUUGAGGGAAAGGUUGUUGUAUCCCUCUAAAUCCCUCUAACAUAUCCCUAAAUGUCAACAUAUCCCUCUGAGCUGUUCCGAUCCACGUGGCUGGCCAAGUACCUUUUAAAUGUUGUCAAUGUACCUGCCUCACCCAUUGCCUCUGGCAGCUCGUUCCACAUUCAAAGUCGAGUUUACUGUCAGACGCACAAGUCCACAGCUGCAAUGAAAAACUUACUUGCAGCAUCAUCACAGGCACACAGCAUCAGAGAGGCAGCAUUCACAAGGAAAACAAAUUAAAUGAUACACAAUUUUUAGUGCAAAGUCAUGGCAGACUGCUCCCCAACAAAGGACACAAUAAAACAAAAGUCCACUGUGGUGCAAAGUGGUUUCAGUGCUGCUGCACUGAGGCAGUGAUUAGGGUUGUGCCGGUCGGUUCAAGAACCGAAUGGUUGAAGGGAAGUAGCUGUUCCUGAACCUGGUGGUGUGGGGACUUCAGGCUUCUGCACCUCCUGCCCAAUGGGAGCUGUGAGAAGACGGCACGGCCCGGAUGGUGGGGAUCUUUGAUGGAUGUCGCCUUCCUGUAGAUACUCAUGGUGGGGAGGGAUGUGCCUGUGAUGUAUUGGGGCUGAGUCCACUGCUCCCCACAGCUUCUUGCGAUCCUGCGCAACCGGUCAGGACGCUUUCAACAGCGCAUCUUGUAGAAGGAUGUUCAGUGACAAACCAAACCUCCCGAGAAAGUAAAGCGGGGAAGUGGUCCAGGCUGGGCUUGUGUCUGCCAGGGUUUGGAAGAGUAAGAGGGGACGAUUGGUGGAUAUGGAGGAUAUGGAGAGGUUGUUUCCUCUUGGGGGAGGACCUGGAGCAAGGGGGGUCGCUGGGUUACGAUGUGGCUGGGAGGGAUGCGCCUGUGAUCUGUUGGAACCCUGGGGACUGCCUGUUGCCACGGUCAAUAUUUUCCAGUAGUUUGAAUGUCCAUCGCGUCCUGCUCCUGCUUCCGUGAGAGCAGAGAAUCAGUCCUUCAUCCUUUCCUGCUGUUUUUCCCUGCCCCCUGGAUGUCAUUCUUGUAAACCUUCUCUGUGGUUCCCAGCCCAGUGAUGUGAGCGGGACAAAGUGUGGUUCAACGCGGGUUAUAACUGCAUUACCUUCCGACUUUAUCGCCGGGGAGGGGGGAAGCGACGGCAGUGGUUUAUCAAUGAGACCUUACUCCUCGCGGGGUGGGGUUCAUCGUGCAUUCCUCAAUCUUGCUCUCAGCCGACUGUCAAAGGAAAGCGCAGAUGCUGGCAAUCUGGAAUAAAAAAAAUGGGGAACACUGGGAGCGCUCAGCUGGUUGGGAGAUGGUCGUGAACCUCCUCUGGUUCAGUCAUACAGCCCAGAAACAGGCCCUUCGGCCCCAGUGUCUGUACUGACCAUCAAGAACCCACUUACACUAAUCCUGCAUUUAAUUUGUCCAACCCCACGUGCCUCACCCACGCACACUGGUUCGAUUUCCAUCAGCCGAUUCACCCACCGACCCCGCACAUUGCGUGGGCUCCAGUUUCCUCCAACAUCCCAACAAUCACAGGGAGAACGUGCACACACACUGCCGGAGGUCGGGAUCGAACCCGGGGCUGUGAGGCAGCAGCUUUACCCACUGCGUCACCGUGCUGUGGGUAUGCAUAGGCCGUUCCCUCUGGGGAUGUGUAGGGUGACUGGUUGGUCUGGCAUUUGGAGUGUAGCCAGGAAUGAAAUGGCGGGCAGAUGGGCUUUAUGGAAAUCAGUGUGAUGUUUGAAUGAUGUCAGUCUGAAUGUGUCAAAUUGUUCUGAUUUUUACCGAAUAAAUGUUGGAAAUAUGUGAAAGCUUCA